ACACCAUAGACAAUUUUGAUAGUCUUCCUUUUUUCCAAGCAUCCAAAAACUCAGCAUAUUUGCUCAACUCCACAUGAUGUGAAGAGUACAUGACACUGACGCGACCUGUGAUCGCUUCUCUCUGUCCGCUAUCUAUUGGCGCUGGAGGAAUAAUCACAGAGAUCCAUAAUGUUUGAUGAGAGGACAGGCCAGGUUUUCGAAGAGAGAAUCGCCCCAAUUCAAAACCAGAAUGAUGCUCGAAAUUGGCCAAAGAAGACCCCAAUUGCGCUCUGCCAGAAGUACAGGAGCUCUGAGACACCUGCAUACAGAAACUAUUGCAAAGUAGUCGAACAGAACCGUUCUCCUGCAGAAAUAGUUGCAAACGCUCCCAGGAAAUUAUUCGAUAUCUCUAUCAAUGUCUUGGUAUCUAAUCUGCAUUCUCUUCUACCGAAUACCCUGAAGCGCAUUCCAUUGCAUCUUCUUGAGGAAGUUGCUAGGGUAGCCCAAGGGAGGUUCGCUGAGUUGGGCCCUUUGGGCAGUUUCCCAGAUGGGUUUUUAGACCAGCUCCCACUCUCUACUGUCGAAGGGAUGUGGGCGGCCAUCAACCAAAGGGCCCAGUUGAACUUGGACACUUGGAAGAAGAUUUCCAAGAGAAUACUUUCUGAGAAGCGUGACACUGCGACAGAACUUGGGCUUCGUCGCUACCGCCAAGAAAUUGAAUCACCAAGUCCAGAGUUGUCAUUAUACACAGGACCUGUCACAUCGACCUCGUUUGACUUCUUGACAUCUCUGACAAUCACAGCAUGGUAUCCAAUCAAUGAGCUGGUGAACCUCGCUGAUGUCGUCAAUCUUGGAAUUUUGCAAAUCUAUGAAACCGAAGAAUCAAUUCUCAAGCGUGGAUUAGAGAGGCUUGUUCCCGAUAGACUUCUGAGAGCUUGGGCAGAGCUCGCGGUUGAAAAGGGCGCCUUCUCCGUGCUCAGAGUCCUCAAAUUCCAUGUUCUCGAAGGUGGCCUCACCGAAAGCAGCUUUAGGCACUUCAAUUCAUUCCCGGCAUUGGGGUUGAUAUUCCCUGGUCCGGACCGUAUGAGCGAAUCCGUUGCCGUCAAAGCAAAAGAAGUGGGCUGGCAAGCUCUCUGCGAUUCAAAAACAUCUUUAAUCGGAACUCAGUUCAACAAUACCAUCAAUGUGGUAAACCCGCGAGAUGAUAAUUACUCUUACGACUCCUCGAGUAAGCAGGUAUGGCAUAUGCCAUUCAUCAAUUUUGGUGCCAAUAAUCCAACAUCAUGGGAUGGUUGCGAAGUAACAACACUUCCAUCCAAGAAUAGAAGUGAAUUCCUCGCUGAUUUGGAAGCUACUAGACCCCCAACCCAUUGGCUGUCUGGAGUAAAGCAAGGCGGCCCCGAAAACCGCAUGAGCCGGGUUCGUGAGUAUGGUGAUUUUGUACAAGGCGAAUCCUGGCAGAAGACUGACUGGAACCUAUUUUGCGAGUCUCUGGGGCAGCCUAAGUCACAUACUGUUACUGAUGGGGAUGUGCACUGCCUCGAUCAGUUCCACGGUCUUACCUAUCUUCGGCUUGAUCGUGAUCUCCGUGCUGCUGGAGUUAAGGAGUGCGGGCCGGGUAUUGUCAGCAUAGGAGAUACCUUCAAAUCUAUCAUCACCACCGCACCGAUAGUUAGCAUUCUUCUGGGCCCGAGGAAACUUGGCGACAAGUUCGACAACUUUUCUCGCAUCAAGUCCUGGCAUUUCUUGCGGACCACUAUACCGGGUAAAGUGCCAAAACCAGAUCAAUCGACUUCCAAUCCAGCCGAUACGAAGCCCUCUACGGCACCGCCAUCAUUCAAUAAGCGGCCGGAGAGUGAGUCUGCAAGGAAGAUGCGUCCUGCAAAAGUGCAGAAAUUUAAUGAUUUCUUUGGGGCUUUGUAGUAAAGGGGCAUUAGCAUGUGCGGGGACACAAGGCUUUCCAGUUUUAAAGAUGUCUAUUUUGAACUUUAUUUCCAUAGCCUAUUCUAGACUGUGUAUGGACCAUCUACCAAUAAUUGCAGGAAAUUUCCACACCCAGC